UAAAGUUGUGUUGGUCGUCUACUAAACAAAUUAUUUUAUACGAAUGGACUCAAUUUGAUAAUGAUGCAACUUUUACAAAUAUGACACAAUCACCAUUAGUAUUCGAAAGCCAAAUUACUUGGGUUUACAAAUACAGACAAUGUUUAAUGGUUACUACAGAAAAACAAAUUUAUCAAGAUGAAAAAGAAAUAGAAAAUUUAAUAACUUUGGAAAAACAGGUAGCUAACUCUAAUAAUUAUGAUAAAACAAUUUUAAAAAAAAGAGCAACUCAGUUAAAAAGUGAGGGAUGGGAAAAUGCACAGCAAAUUAUACAAAGUUUGGAAUAUAAACUAAAAAUAACUACUUCCGAAUUACAAAACACAUAUAAAAGACUAUAUCGAUUACAAAAAAAGGUUUUAAAUUUACAAGAAAUCUUAGAACGUGAAUUUGUUUCAUCAAG